CUCACUUAUUCUCUCAUUUAGCAAAAGCUAAAGGUGACAUCGACGAAGCUUCUCCCUCUCUUCAAAUUUUGAUCAUAUAUAUAUAUAUGAAUCCCGCCACUCUUAUUUUCUCGAAUUUUCUCUCAUUUUCUCUCCACCCGACGCUAUAAAUUCUCGACAGAGUUAUCCAAUCUUUACGGUUUUUUUUCGCAACCGCUAUGUUCUCAUCACCAAUCGUCCCAGCCUUCGCCCUCGUCCUCUCGCUCCCUCUCCUCUUCCUGGUCGGCCCCAGGUUCCUCCCUCCCAAACAUCUUCAAAUCUUCCCCUCCGACGAGCUCGACGACCUCGCCCUCUUCAGCCGCGCCACCGUCGCCUCCCUCCGCGCCCCCAAAGCCGUUUCCCGAUUGGCCACCGCAAAUCCCCAACCCAAAAUCGCGUUCCUCUUCCUCACCAACUCCGAUCUCACAUUCGCCCCUUUGUGGGAGCGAUUCUUCCACGGUAACCGCCGCCGAUUCAACAUCUACGUCCACGCCGAUCCCUCCUCCAAACUGACCCGUCCCGGUGGCGUCUUCGACGGCCGAUUCAUUACAGCGAGAAGGACCGAGCGCGCGUCCCCCACGCUCAUCUCCGCCGCACGGAGGCUCCUCGCCACCGCCAUUCUCGAUGAUCAUUCGAAUCACUUCUUCGCCCUUUUGUCUCAGCAUUGCAUUCCCCUGCAUUCCUUCGAUUUCGUGUACAACUCUCUCUUCAAAUCCCCGUCUUCGCCGGCGAGAACAGAGUCGCCUUCGCUCCGAUUUUAUUACCGUAGCUUCAUCGAAAUUCUCGCAAACGAGUCGACAUUGUGGGAUCGGUACAUCGCCAGAGGCAAAUACGUGAUGCUCCCGGAGGUACAGUUCGAGCAAUUCCGGGUCGGAUCUCAGUUCUUCAUUCUGACCCAGAAGCACGCGUUGUUGGUGAUCAAAGAUCGGAAGCUAUGGAGGAAAUUCAGACUGCCGUGCUUGAACACCGAUUCGUGCUAUCCGGAAGAGCACUACUUCCCGACACUUUUGUCAAUGCGGGAUCCGAGUGGGUGCAGUCACUAUACCCUGACCCGGGUGAACUGGACCGGUAGUGCGGGCGGGCACCCGCAUACGUACAAGCCGGCGGAGGUGUCGCCGGAGCUUGUGUACAAACUGAGACAGUCGAAUUCGAGUUAUUCGUUCUUCUUCGCUCGGAAAUUCUCGCCGGAUUGCUUGAAGCCGUUAAUGGAGAUGGCUGAUAGAUUUAUUUUCCGGGACUAAAAAGUGUGAUUCCGGUGGAAAAAAAAUUCAUGUGCUUUUGGAAGAAGAUGGGAAAAUAAAACCCCCUCCCCACCCAACAAGUAUGCUGGUAUCAUGAACCCCCAGGGUAUGGUUCAGGUGGUAGUACGGGUUGUGGGAGUGCCUCUCACGAGAUCAAGUGUUCAAACCCUCUUGAGCUCAUAUCCGCCCUUGGACUCCUAAAUUUAUCCUCCUUUUGAAGUUGUGGGGUCAACUUCAAGGAGCGCAGAAUUAGUCACGUGAACCAUAAAACGGACGCGUGGAUACCCGGUGCGUAAUAAAAUAAAAUAAAAAAGUAUGUUGGUAUCAUAUCCCAGGGCAUGAGCGCGGUGGAUAUUAGCUGGCAAGUAAGAUGAAGAAUUGAGGGUUCGAGCCCCGGUAGAUACUUCUAGAGGAAUGAAAGCGUGCCUUGACACGAUGGAUAUCGUUGGUUGUGUCUCGAGGAGCGGAUAGCUCGAAUGUCCAACCGACUAAUUUGAACCCGUAACCGCAUCCGAUUAACCUGGUCGGUGAACCGGGGGGAAGGCCGCUGAUCCGUGAGUUUGGUACUGCAUCGGGGGGUCUGAAGAGUUGCUCGUCGAUGGCUGGAGUUCUCACGAUAAUUUAAAAAAAAAAAAAAAAAGUAUGUUGGUGUCAUAAGUUAUUGUUUGUAUACAGGAAGUGGAUGCAUCGAACCCCCAACCAUAUGCACCUUUUAAUUUUUUCUUUUUUUUCUUCCAUAUAAAUUGCAAAUCUUUAAUUUGAAUUUCUACUAAUUUGGAUGAAACUUAAUAUAAUUUUAUACUGUAUUUCGUCCAAAUUUAUAGAAAUUCAAAUUUAGGUCUUGAAAUUUGAUUUUUCCAACCAAGGAAGAUAAGAGUUUUCAAACUA